GAUCUUUGGCCCAGAAAGAGUGUAGUGCUCCAGAGUUGGAGGCCACCUCAUCCCCACUUCAUUUGGGGCACAACUCAACUGGUGCUGAAGACCAGCACCAAGCAGCCAUGAUCCAGUAGUGUCGGGGCUUCAACCACUGUUGCAGUAACUGUAAAUUUCCCCCUCUGUCUUACAUCUCCUUGGGGUGGAUAACUUUGACAUGCAGAGCAUGGAAAACCCAGACCAGUGCAAGACACAGAACAAGGAAGGUCAAGAGAUUGACCAAGACCAGAUGGACUAACAGCAAGUUCUACUUGGUUUCAGUCAAAGAUUUCCUCUUCUGGAUACUCUCCUUUCUUGCACACUACAUGUCAGCAAUCCAUCUUAGGAUGUUGCAUCACCUGACCCACCCUACAGAACAACCCCAGUCCAAGUGCGUUUAGAAAUACACAGCAGAGACAAAGAAUUCUUGCUGCAAGUUGGACUAGAAGUGCAUCAUGAAACCUUGGGUUCUUCUCUUCCUAGCUGGUCUCCUCAUCCUUUCAACUCAACUGGCAACAGCAAAGACCACCAAACAACUUUGUCCCCCAAAAGUCAAGCCGGGCGAGUGUCCCAAGGUCAAAAUUGAUCCUGACCACCCAUGUAACCAAGACUGUGCCUGCGACUCUGAAUGCGAAGGGAAUAAGAAAUGCUGCCCAGUCGGAUGCGCCAGGGAGUGUUUCAGCCCAGGACCGCUCUGAGCCCCAAGACCCGAUGGAGGAGGAGCCAGCCCCUCACCAGCCUUCCAUCCUCACGUCCAACCGGGCCAAAGAACGUCUUCCUCCUGUGUGGCCCAUUCCUCUUUGGCCUCCCUGACGGCUGACCCCGCUUCUCACGCCGGAUAAAGUCCUCGCUCCAGAAAGGGGCCUUCCUCAAUAAAUUCAGCAUUG